AUGGAGGUUGACAAUGAGAUGGGAAAGCUUCCAUCCCACUUUCCUGAGGUGUACCCAAAUAGCUCUUGGUUUCUCUAUGACUUGAAUGAAGACGGACAGAUUUGUCAGAAAACUGACGGAUCCAAGGACAAUCAAUGGAAUGUGCCUCAAGAUAUUGAGGACUGGCAUCCUGACCCUCCAAAUCAUUAUGGACAAGAAACAGCAUCAAGUACAGCAGCUUGGGAGGCAGUGGGCUUGGCCUUUCUAUCCAAUACCCAGAUUGAGAUUGCAGUCAACAAAGUGUGGAAUGACCACAUUCAUGCUCUGGAUGACAUUGGACCUGAUGGAGGGAAGAAAGCAUCCCAAAAGCCAUACAAAGGGAAAUGGAAAUGGCUAAAAGAUAAGGACUACCAACUGCGAAAAAUUAAGGAGCUUCCUUCCUAUCUAAAAGAUGCCAAUGAUGAGCUAGAACAAUUGCAAAAAGACAGAGAGAUCAGAAGCCCAGCAAAGAGGACAAGACUGGAAGAUGAGCCUUUUCCUACUGGCUCACCUACUAGCAAACGGAGCAAAAAAGACACAGCAGGAAUGGAAUCCUUGGCAACCUCUGGAGGUGGGUAUAUGAAUGUCAAUGAGUUUACCAGAAACUGCAACAACAGAAACUUUCAGAAAUGA